GCUCAGCACCACCCUGUUCCUGCAGCAUAGAACCGACCGACUGAGCUUUAAGUGGUCUCUGGAUGGGGGAGGGGGAACUUCGGCAACUGGCCCCGAUACCUUGACCCGCUCCACGCCCCCUUGAUCUGCUUGCUGUUGAUCCACUGACUCGCUUGGUGACCCGUCACUGCUAAUCCCCUGGCCAGUCCCUGCCGCCCCUUGACUUAUUGACCCUAACCUGGUCCUGAACCAGUCACCCUGGGUGUCAGAUGAGCCUGGGUUUUCAGCUUGAGCCUGAUAUCCCCACUCGCCCUGUCAGUGUCAUUCCUGAGAACUGGCUGCACUAUCAAUUCCCAGCAGAGAGCACCUGCUGCUGUCAAUGCUGCAAUGUCUGUUACUGCUCAUCUGUCUGUCACAGCACAAUGGCAAGAACUAAAGCUGUAUCAGUAUUAUGGUUAAAAUAGCUGCUUACAUCCAUCCAGCAGAAUGUCCCCAGGUGCUCCAAAUUUGAGGUGGUGGAGUCAUUUGUGAAAAGUUUGAUGGAGACCCUGGAGGGGGGUUACAUAGCGGAUGAGCAUGAUGUGACAUUGACAGGUACGUGCAUGCUGAAACCUAACAAUGACUGAACAGCUUUGCAGAAUCUAGAUCACCAAGUGAACUGAUUACUUAAAAAGAUGUGCCAUACAUAUAUCAGUAAAUAUGUAUAAAAAUUAGAAAUCAAAAGAAAGCGAUUCAUGGAGCAGACUAAUAAUGACCCUUCACGUAAUGACCUAGACAAUGGCACCAGACUCUCAGACACUGAGUGCAGGAGGUCGAGCGAAUCUGAACAUUCCUUGUCCAAGAUUACACAGAAUGCUUUGGAGAACUUUGGCUCCCUCGGCCAGGGAUUAAAGCAGCUCUUUCACCACCAGCGCCGCCGAUCUUCCGUGUCCCCCCAAGAUGGCCUCCAUACUCAGGCUGACCAGGAGUCCCUGAGUCCAGACAACUCUACCACAGCCACUGAGCUGGAUUGGUCUGCGCCGACCCAUCACUCCCCUGGUCAGUCCACCACUCUCAACAAGGUCCUGCAGCAGAUCCGAGUGGUUCCCAUGAUGAAACGGGGCACAAGCCUGCAUGGCCGAAGAAGCAAGUUGGACCGUCCCAGGGGAAGCCCGCAACUAUCUCACAAGUCAGUCUCUGAUGGCCUAAGUGGUUUCCUGCUACACUCCAGACCCCGGUCCUCCUCAACUACUGAUGCACCAACCUCCUCGUUGUUUAUGGAGUCACUAAUCUUCAGCCCUCAUUCAGGAGAUGAGCUGGAUCGGAUCGAACGGCUGGAAGUGAACAGCUUGGCCCCGUCAAGUGUGAUCGCCUCAAGCUCGGAUGGUGGGAUCAGCGUGGAUGGCCUGGAUGCUACCCUGGACCCUCAGCGGACGAAAGCUGCCAUUGCCCACCUGCAGCAGAAGGUUCUGAAGCUGACAGAACAGCUGAAGGUGGAGCAGACUGCCCGGGAUGACAAUGUGGCAGAGUACCUCAAGCUGGCCAACAAUGCCGACCGGCAGCAGGGCACCCGUAUCAAGCAGGUCUUUGAGAAGAAGAAUCAGAAGUCAGCUCAAACAAUCCUGCAGCUGCAGCGCAAGCUAGAGCACUACCAUCGUAAACUGCGUGAGAUUGAGUACAAUGGUAUCCCUCGCCAGCCCAAGGAUGUGCUGCGGGACAUGCAGCAGGGCCUGAAGGGUGUGAGUGCCAAGGUGACAGGUUUCAGCGAGGGCGUGGUGGGCAGUGUGCGGGGUGGACUCUCCAGCUUUUCCCAGGCCACCCACUCGGCUGCAGGCGCUGUGGUCUCCAAGCCACGAGGGUUUGCAUCGCUUCUCCGCCACCGAUUCGGCAGCGCUGACAACAUUCCCAGCCUCAAGGACUCACUUGAUGAAGCUCAGGCCGAGGAAUGCCUCAAGGGCCUGGGCAUCUGUGGCAAUCUGCAAUUCAGCCCCAGGUACGGCAGCGAGGAGGAGUGCUCAAGUGGCACAUCGGGAUCAGGUGCCAACAGCAUGUCAGGGACACCCCUGGAACCCUCCACUUCUAAAACUAACACACUGGACCUCUCCAACUCGGGCUUCGAGGGAAUAUUUCAGGAACUGCACCAAGUGAAAGAGAGACAGGCCCAAAUGGAAGAAUCGUUUGAUACUCUGAAAUCUCACUAUCAGAGGGAUUAUACCCUCAUAUUACAAACACUACAGGAGGAACGAUACAGGUGUGAACGGCUCGAGGAUCAGCUCAAUGAUCUGACAGAGCUUCACCAAAACGAGAUCCUUAACCUCAAGCAGGAGCUUGCGAGCAUGGAGGAAAAGAUUGCCUACCAAUCUUAUGAGCGAGCACAGGACAUCCAGGAGGCCCUUGAAGCCUGUCAGACUCGUAUCUCCAAGAUGGAGCUGCAGCAGCAGCAGCAGCAGGUGGCCCAGUUGGAGGGUCUGGAGAAUGGGACAGCCCGUACUUUACUGGGCAAACUGAUCAAUGUGCUCCUGGCAAUGAUGGCGGUAAUCCUGGUCUUUGUGUCAACGCUAGCUAACUGCCUGCUGCCGCUGAUGAAGACACGAAGCAGGACGUUCAGCACUUUGUUUUUUCUGAUCUUUCUGGGCAUGGCUUGGAGGAACUGGCAGGUAAUCAGUGGCUACAUUGGGCGACUCGUUCCGCCUCUCACAUGACACCAAGCCUGGAACAUGGAGCCCACAGUGAAGUAUAAGGACUUGUACAGAUGGAGAGUGAGUGGAUUUGUUUACAGAUGAAAAAGGUGUCUUUUCUUUCCCUGACUGACACUUACUGAUAGUAUUUGAAACUCGAAUCAAAUUGGUUGGUGAUAAGUAUAAUGGCUGUCUGCGUGAACUCUCUUCCAGCCCAGCUACAGACUAAGGAGAAGUGAGCAGAAGUCCAAGAGCUUGAUGGUUCGAUACUUACCCUCCUCGAUAUUCCAAAUCUCUCAGGGGAGGGGAGAAAACAAUAACAAAAAUUGCCUAAAAUUUAGUGCACAGCGUACUUUGUUUAUUUUUAAAGAAUGUUUUAUUUGACUCGGCCCAGUUCUGCAAUAUUGAGAAGUAUCUUCCUGUGAAAUAAGAGCACAUUCCAGGAAAUGGAUUCAGGGUUUUUAUUUCAUUUGGAUUUUUCAAACUGUUUACAAUGAUCUGUAUUGAAAGACUCCACACUGGGACAAACUUGAAUUGUGCAGUUCACUGCCUCCUGCCAAGCCUGGCUGUUUGGGGGAUGGCAUGUCCUGCAGAUGGAUAGUGCCGCAAUUACUCAGGGACCAACAGGUCCCCUCCUUCCUGCCUUGAAAACCAAGCACUCCACCCCUUACCCAUCCCGGCCACAUCGACUAACAUACUUGAAGAGUGGGACACUUAGAAAGAGCCUCGAUGCUUCCAUUCCGCUUCUAAGAUAAAUUUAAAAUAGAACUUUAACUUUUUUCUAAUUUAAGUAGCAACAUAGUGUUUUAGAAUUUUAAAUGAAGUAACAGAUAGUGAUGAUGACCCCAGACCUUCUCACUGAACCCGCACCCUGUGACUCGCCCCGCGCCCUCCGACCCCGGCUCCGGCCCCCUGUUGACUGGUAUUAAGCUACAGAGUGAGUGCCAUUAUCGUUCUCUGCCCGUCGUUUUUCUUUCAAUGUAGUGAAAGGUUCUUGGUUGACUCUGUUGGGGGAGGUCGGUGCUUAGCUGCCUGACCAUUGCUGAGAAUUGGGUUUCCUUUGCCCCAUGCUGCAGGGCUUUCUACUUCCCAGUUAAUUAGAGGCCAAUGCAGAAAUUUCUGCCUCCAUGUGUCCUGUAUGAAGGCAGUAGGCCCUGCGUGGGGGCAGUGCCCCUCACCUCGGGGACGGUGGGGGGUGGGGAGGAUGAAUGAUUGUGGGCUCUCCCAUAUUCUUGAUGCUAUUGGAUGGAACCUCAUAAUGAGGCAUCUUCAGUCAACACUUGACUCCUCAACGAAAGGGUUGUAAAGCACACAGGAGGAAACAAGAGUCACUGACAAACUCGUAGCAGUCCAGCCUUUUUUAAGUUGGGUUUGAGGCAGUUUGAUAGAGCCUACGCCUUUUCAGAAUGAGAUCAGUUUUAUCAACAGGAAAUGCAAAGCAAUGAGCUUUAUUCUUACUCCAAGCACAGCUCAUGCUGUGAUAGUUUGAAGGUGCCGGUAGCCCAGGUUUCAGUGAUUUAUUAUGUGUAUGAAUGGUGAAUUGUCACAGCCAUUAACAGAAGUAUGACAGCCUCAGUACAACAGGUGUGAAUAGGGCUGGGAGAUAUCUGUGCCACUCCAGUGCAAUUAACAAUGUAGGUUAGCCUACCCAAUCACAUUCACACCUUGUUAAUUGUUGCAGAUUGUCAGCUGCAGAUAUUGUACUGUACUUAAAUAAAGACCUCCGCUAUU